UAAUCAAGAGGGUCAAUCUCAUUAAAUUUUCCACUGGCAUAUGAAAUCUCACCUUGGUUUGCUUCUAUUGCUUCUCUAAGGUAAAGGUCUGUCGCUUUAUGUGAAUUCAGGACACGAUUUCUCGUAAAAAAUUAGGAAUUAAGGAAUUUCCGCGACCACGGAUCUGAUUCAUAUCGAGUUACGUGAAAGCCGCAAUGGCUCAUACAAUUGAUGAUGUCAUUAAGAAGAUAGGCGAAUUUCGCCAGUAUCAAUGGUACAUUUUGGGCCUGAUAGGAUAUACAAUGUUCUCGAUUAUUGCCUUUGCUUCCAUGAUAGUGUCGUUUAUCACUGCCGAACCUGACUGGAAAUGUGUUGAAGGUUAUAAGAAUAAUACCGUGUGUGGAUUCAACAACACAAUAACGUUAACCAGUGAUGAUUACGAAGCCAGAUGUAAAAUGCCGAGAGAAGCUUGGACGUUUGUAGAUGACUUCACAUCCGCUGUUACUGAGUACGACUUAGUUUGUGAUGAUUCCAUUCUUUUAUCCAUCGCUCAAUCGUGUUUCUGGAUUGGAAUGUUGGUCUCCUUUUUGAUUGGUGGUUUUCUAUCAGAUAAAUUCGGCAGAAGAUUAGUUUGGUAUGGUGGUUGUGCUCUUGUGGUUGUUACCACUUGGAUUAUGAUCUUUCCAAACGCAUUUUUGGUCUUCAUAGUUUGCCGAGUUUUCAUUGGCAUAGGUUUAGGGUUUGUUAAUUGCACUUUUUUCCCCUUGCUUGUCGAGUUUACAACUGAGAGAUAUCGUUCGUGGAUGGGAGCUGGUUCCUACGUGUUUUGGGGAGUGGGAAUAUCAAUACUGCCCCUGAUUGGGUUCUUAGUCCCAGAAUGGAGAAUGUUCCUGCUUGUCACAGCUAUUUUUGCAAUCCCCGCACUGUUUUUGUCUUGGUUAGUACCAGAAUCUCCUCGAUGGUUGUUACUAAAUGGUAAAGAAGAAGAGGCCAAAAAAGUUCUUGCUAAAAUGGCGAGGAUGAAUAAACGACAACUACCAGACGUUGUUUUGGAAAAACCUUUAACAACUGAAACACGAAUGAGUUUCAGGCAACUUUUUAGCAGCUCAAAAACCUCUAAAAAAACAUUAAUUUUUUGGAAUAUAGUGUUUGCCAACGCUCUUGUGUAUUAUGGUGUAUUUUAUAAUUCUGUUGAUCUUGGUGGGAACAGAUAUCUUAAUUUUUUCCUGGUCAGUGUUAUCGAAAUACCAUCAAAUUUUAUUUUUCUUUGGUCCGCUGAUAGAUUUGGACGUAAAAAAUGUGUCCUCGUAACAAUGGUUCUGGCAUUCAUUGCAUCCGCAAUCUCAGUGUCUAUCCCUGUAAAUCAAAGUUCUGGAAGUAUUGUUGGUCGUGUCACAGCAGCUAUCACUGCGAAGUUUUUUAUUAAUAUUUCCUUCUCUGGCAUUUAUUUGUGGUGUGUUGAGCUGUAUCCAACUGUUAUAAGGUCAACUGCACUCUCCACGGCUUCGUCUGUCGGAAGCAUUGGUGCAUUUUUUUCUACUUACAUCGCAUGGCUUAUUCGUAUUCACGCCGCUCUGCCAUACAGCAUCAUGGGAAUAAUUUGUCUUCAAGCAGCAUUGCUUGGUUUAUUCCUACCAGAAACCAAGGGAACUCCAACAAAGGAAACAAUGAAUGACAUGGAAACAAUGAAUGACACGAGAGUUCCAUGCGUCAAUAACAAUGCUUAUGAAAACGAAGCGGCACUCUAGCCUGCAUGGAAGUAAAAUAUAGCUGUUAUAGCUUUUGUGCCGAACUUUUGGCUUGAAUAAUGAAACCAUAGGUUACCCGAAAAUGUGUUUUUUCAUGGCAUUAUUCCAUGCACAAUUAGCAUUUUGAUGCGUGCGCUACUUCAUGCAAUGGAUAAUGGAUCAAAAUGCUAAUUGUGGAUUAAUGCCAUGAAAAAACACAUUUUCGGGUAACUUAUGAUGAAACUUGUGGAUGACAUACUCCUGACUUCAAAACAUCAGAAAAUGUGCAAUAGAUGAAUUUCUAACGGUCCUUGCGUAUGGCAUAUUUUAUAAAAUUAGAAAUAUUGAAAUGUGUUGAAGUAGAAAUGUAUGAUUGUUCUGACUCUAGUUCACAGCACAGACAUUCCCGUGCUAAGUUCGUUUCAGCAGUCGUUUGGAGUUUAGAUACACGUCCGAAAUGAAAUAAUUUUUUGCGCAAUGGUACCGAAGUUAAUUUGGGUAUAUUGCGGCAAAAAU